CUGAGCUCAGAUGAUAAUUCUCCGAGGACAUGCUCUAGUGACAGUAGCAACAGCUCUGUUUCGGUCAACGAUUUCAUCGAUCAGUCCAGUUGGAUUCGGGAGAAAUUCAAACCCUCUUAUUAUGAUGAGUACACAUUCGAGUCCAUCAUGCAGUCAAUCAGUUCUCCAAAUGGCUCGGGAGACGGGUCAGUUGACUCUCUUCCAUUUCAGAUUUCAUCAGAAGCAAAAUUUGGAGAGUUAGUCCCAACUACAGAUUAUGUGAACUAUAGAUCGGAAAGUACUUGGAAGGUUUGGGAGGGUGCAGAACAGAACCAGGGGGACCAUCCGCCCCACGGGUCGAGGGAAAAGAAAACGCACAAUCGAGAAGACGCCGAUUACACAGACGGUGCUGGCCGGAGUAACAAGCAAUUGGCUAGCUUUGCUGAAGAGGCCGAUGAUCAAUUGUACGAUAAGGUGUUACUCUGUCCUCGCUUGAAUCCUCAUUUGCAUCAAGACGAGCCCUUGCACUUUCUAUGCACCGAGCACGAUGAUGAUGAUGCCUCAUCGAUUGUGGCAGGCAGGAAAUCACCGCAGAAUGGGGUGGCAGCAAAAGGAGCGAACGGAGGAGGAAGGGGGCGAGGCAAAAAACAGGGCAACAAGAAGGAAGUGAUCGAUUUGCGGACUCUGCUAUCUCAGUGUGCACAAGCUGUUGCGAACGCAGACAUCAGGAAUGCUAAUGAACUCCUGAAUCGGAUCAGGCAACAUGCUUCACCAACCGGCGAUGGCACCGAAAGGUUGGCCUAUUACUUCGCCAACGCGCUCGAGGCCCGCUUGGCUGGCACCGGGACAUCAUUGUAUGCCGCUUUUAAGACCAAGAGGAUAUCAGUUGCUGAUAUCUUGAAAGGUUACCAAGUCUUUAUGAAGGCAUGCCCUUUCAACAAGAUGUCCAAUAUGUUUGCCAACAAAUCAAUUGCGGCACUGGUUCAUGCAAAACAGACGCUUCACAUAAUUGAUUUCGGUGUCCUUUAUGGGUUCCAAUGGCCCUGCCUCAUCCAGCAUUUCUCCGUUAGGGAAGGCGGGCCUCCGAAGAAGCUCCGAUUUACUGGAAUUGACUUUCCACAACCGGGUUUUCGGCCAAAAGAAAGGGUCGAGGAAACAGGACGUCGGCUAGCGAUUUACUGCAAGAGAUUUAAUGUCCCAUUUGAGUACACUGCAAUAGCCAAGAAAUGGAGCACUAUCGAACUUGAGGAGCUCAACAUCGAUAGAGACGAAGUACUUGUUGUGAAUUGUUUGUACCGGCUAAGAAACGUACCCGAUGAGACGGUUGUCGAGAGCAGUCCGCGUGAUGCUGUUCUCAACUUGGUGAAGAGGAUCAAUCCGGAUAUGUUCAUCCAUGGAGUUAUCAACGGGACAUACAACGCACCCUUUUUUGUAACCCGAUUUAGGGAGGCACUUUUCCACUUCUCCGCAGGAUUUGAUGUGUUUGAGACCACUUUACCACGCGAAGAUCAGGGUAGGAUGUUGUAUGAGAAGGAGAUCCUUGGAAGGGAUGUUAUGAACGUCAUAGCGUGUGAAGGUACAGAGAGGGUUGAGAGGCCGGAGACAUACAAGCAGUGGCAAGUUAGGAAUACGCGAGCCGGGUUCAGGCAGCUACAGCUGAACAAGGAGCUCGUGACUUCUCUUUGUUUUCUUCUUCAGAUCCAUCGCCCAAAUCACACAAUCAGAUCGGAUCUAUAUAUAUAUAUAUAUAUAAAAAUUCUUGGUAAAUCCAUACCAAAUUUUUGUCCUAAUCGUGUCUUGUUUUGAGGUGUUCUGAACCCAUAAAUCAAAAUUCGAUCUUUUUUUCUUGAAAUUCUCGGAUAGGAUGUCCAUGGAAGCACUCAUCCAAAGAUUUACUGGUUCAUUUCUGGACCGAAAUCAUCAUACCUACCCGGAUCUUCCUUUCAAUUUGGUUGAUGGGGACGCAAUUCAUGCGUCCCCUUCCCCGCCGACAUCGGUUGUCAGCUCGGAAGGCGAUGCAGGCGAGGAAGGCGAUUUCUCGGAUGCAACGCUUAAGCUGAUCAGCCAGAUGCUCAUGGAAGAUGGGUUGGAGAACAAACCUUGUAUGUACCAAGACUGCUUGGCUCUCCAAGCUACCGAGAAAUCGUUCUAUGACGUUCUCGGCAAACAGUACCCGCCUCAUCUGAGCUCAGAUGAUAAUUCUCCGAGGACAUGCUCUAGUGACAGUAGCAACAGCUCUGUUUCGGUCAACGAUUUCAUCGAUCAGUCCAGUUGGAUUCGGGAGAAAUUCAAACCCUCUUAUUAUGAUGAGUACACAUUCGAGUCCAUCAUGCAGUCAAUCAGUUCUCCAAAUGGCUCGGGAGACGGGUCAGUUGACUCUCUUCCAUUUCAGAUUUCAUCAGAAGCAAAAUUUGGAGAGUUAGUCCCAACUACAGAUUAUGUGAACUAUAGAUCGGAAAGUACUUGGAAGGUUUUGGAGGGUGCAGAACAGAACCAGGGGGACCAUCCGCCCCACGGGUCGAGGGAAAAGAAAACGCACAAUCGAGAAGACGCCGAUUACACAGACGGUGCUGGCCGGAGUAACAAGCAAUUGGCUAGUUUUGCUGAAGAGGCCGAUGAUCAAUUGUACGAUAAGGUGUUACUCUGUCCUCGCUUGAAUCCUCAUUUGCAUCAAGACGAGCCCUUGCACUUUCUAUGCACCGAGCACGAUGAUGAUGAUGCCUCAUCGAUUGUGGCAGGCAGGAAAUCACCGCAGAAUGGGGUGGCAGCAAAAGGAGCGAACGGAGGAGGAAG